AGGAUCUGGAUGAUGAUCAGUGUGGGUUUGAAUCUCGGGCAGAGAGAGGAGGAGGAGAGACCCGGAGCUCAGGCCGAGCCGCCAGCGCCUCCAGGCCGGGAUUAGCGCGUGUGUGAGCGGGGAGAGAGAGGCAGCGCGGCCGCGGGCAGGGAGAGAGGCUGGAGCGCAGGAGCCGCAGCGCUCUGUCCGUGUGGAGGAACCCCUCCGCCGCUCCGCAGUGACCGGACCUCCUUCACCGCCAUCCGAGCCACACCAGCCGGCCUCGCGCUCCAAUGGGCGCGUGACCCCUCGCCAUGCGUGACUGUCGGCUGCACACGCGGGAUGCGUGUACGUUCCUUGCAUUGAUAACGACCCAGAUGCACAUGCCCAGGGAUCCAGCGAGGAGCUGCACUGGCUAACGUUCUUUUAUACCUCAGCAACCCCCCUCCCGCCGACAACAUGACAACGGACCAGAGCAACAUCCAGUCCUCCGCCUGCAAGAGCAUCCGGCCGUUCAAGUCCAGCGAGGAGUAUCUGUACGCCAUGAAGGAGGACCUGGCGGAGUGGCUCCACGGGCUCUACGGCCUGGACAUCACCGUGGAAACCUUCAUGGAGAGCCUGGAGACGGGCUGCGUGCUCUGUAACCACGCCAACAACGUCAACCGCGCCGCGCGCCCCUUCCAGCCCCAUCGCCCGUGGCAGGACGUGGCGUACCAGUCGCGCGGCGCCAUGCCCGGCUCCUUCGUGGCGCGCGACAACGUGUCCAACUUCAUCGGCUGGUGCCGCAGCGAGCUGCGCGUGAAGGACGUGCUGAUGUUCGAGACUAACGACCUGGUGGAGCGCGGCAGCGAGAAGAACUUCGUGCUCUGCCUCCUGGAGGUGGCGCGGAGAGGUGCGCGGUUCGGCGUUCCUGCUCCCGUUCUCGUACAGCUGGAGCAGGAGAUCGCCCGCGAGGAGAGCCGCGAGCGGGAGCGGGAGAGGGACCUCAAGGGCGUUGCCGCGGGAACGCCGGGCGUGCCGAACGGCGAGCGCCAGAACGGGCGCGAGAGCGAGAGGUACCAGGAGGAGGAGCCUGAGCUCGCGCCGAUCUGGCAGCCGCAAAGGAUAGUGUGCGACAUGCGCAAUCUGGACGAACUGGUACGGGAGAUCCUGGGUCAGUGCUCGUGUCCGUCCCAGUUCCCCAUGACCAAGGUGUCUGAUGGGAAAUACAAAGUGGGUGACUCCAGCGCGCUCAUCUUCAUCAGGGUGUUGAGGACUCAUGUGAUGGUGCGAGUGGGCGGAGGCUGGGACACGCUGGAGCAUUACCUGGAUAAACACGACCCCUGUCGCUGCAACGCCUUCGCUCACCGGUAUCAGCAGGGUAAGGCAGCGGGUCCGGCUCCUCACAGUAAAAGCUCCAGCGCCCACUCGUCCCGCUCUACCAGCCCGGGACCCCACUGGAAGGGCGAGUCUAUGGGGGCGUAUAAAAGCCCAGACCGGCGCUCCCUGGAACCGUCACACACCUGCCCCGCCCUGUCCUCCUCACGCCCCGGCAGAAGCCCCCACGUCCCGGCAGAUACAGAACCCGGGAGAAACCCGACCACCCUGCUGCCCAGACCCCCACGAGACCGCUCUGAACCACGCCUCAACCCCCUCAGCCUCAGGAAUAAGGACUCUCUGCUGCCGUUGACUCGCCGACUCUCUGGAGACAGCGACUCCUCCAAUGCCUCGUCUUGUAAAGGUGGCGGUGGAGCGACCGGAGGAGGUCGACUUUCUCUGGGAGCCCGGCGCAUGAAUGGGGAGGAAGUGGUGCUGAUGGUCAACCGUAAAGAGGGCAAGCACAUGAUCGAGCGACCAGAGGGUGGAACCCAUAUACCAGCCUUGCGCCCCCCUCAGACCCGGGCUCGGAGUGCUUCCAGAGAACGGCCUGCACCCCCAUCCAUGCUUAAACCUAGCCCUCCCCAAGGUCCUGCAGAGGGGCACCGGGCUGCGCGGCCAGAAAGGGGCAGGUCAAUGGGCCCAGAAGGUCCUAGAAGACUCCAAGGUCCUCGAUCCCUCAGCCAGGGAAAAGCUCCUCUACGUAGCCGAGUAAGUGAGGGCAGUCCUGUGUCUCCUCGCCACAGAGAUCACAGAGACAACCGAGACCACAGAGACCUCCAACCCAAAGAUGAAUUGAGGAGCAAGCAGGUGCCUCCAGGUUCCCCCAAGUUGAGCGGUGGCUUGUCCAAGCGACAAAACUCCUCUUCGGCUUCGAGUUCCCCUAUCAAAGGGGGAUCAGGAACAAACAGCCCUGUGAAGAAGGGCAUGACCCCAAGACCUCCUGCUCCACGUUCGCCUUCGGUGGGCAGUCGGAGGCUCCUGCCACCUGUCUCUCAGCCAGGUCGGCGCUCCCCGCACUCUUCGACUAACCACCAAAAACCCCAUCACCACCCACCACGAUCCCCUCGGGUUGCCCACAGUCCUCGACCGCCCGGCAGGGCACAGAGAGGAUGGAGUCAACAACAAGCCCCCGAACCCCCGGAGGAUGAAAUGGGAAUGGGAUUUGGACUCCAGUCCCUGUCCCCUCAGGAUGCUGCACAGCGAGAGAUGGAGCUGUACCGCACAUUUGAGGCAGAGUUCCUGGCCAACACACAACAACAGCAUCAGCCGGCUCAAAGCUCUAGCCAUGCUAGAGCACCUACCGCAAAGGAAGUGGGACAUUUGCAGCUUCCAGGCGCUGGUGACCUUAACGUGACUGAUUCAGCGUACUCUUCAUCUAACUCCUCUUCGUCCUCUCUAAAUGUUGGAGGGAAGAUGGGAAUGUUGCCUGAUUUGCGGGAAUCAAAGCGGACUCGAAAUUGCGCGCUGGAGGAUCCCCCUACGCUACUGCACAGCCAGACCCGAGCCGGCUUUCCCUGCAAUGGGGUGCGAGAACGAGAACAGUGGCCCGGUCUUGGUGGGGGUCUCCGAAAACUCCCUGCCAUUUCGAGCUCAAUUGAGGAGAGCGAGCAAGUCAGAGAUUUUGACUCAAGACUUCCGUGUGUCCCCUGGCAGGUAAACGGAGGUCUCUCUGGUCUCCCCCCUGCUGAGGCACUCAUGGAUUCUCAGCUGGACUACGCUGAAGUGGAGGGUGACGUUCCUCUGGAUGAUCACCACCACCAGCCGAAUCUGCCCUAUGACCACGGGGAUGCCAAUGAUAAUGCUAACACUACUAAUGACCAUCCACUCCCAGAGACAUUCCCUUCUCCCUUCCCACCUCCUCCGGAUGACUGUUCCUACAACGACUCCUCCAGCGAGAGCUCCUCCAUGUGUUUUAGUUUGAGCGAGCCUCUUUCCGAGGGAUCCUGCACCCCUCCACCUCCUUAUCCUGCCAAUGGAGAUGUCGACAACACAGUCGUCUUGCGCCCAAAGAAGGGGCAGAAGAAGUCGGAGAGGGUGCCUUCCAUCUACAAGCUCAAGCUGCGUCCACGGAUACGACCUCGCACUGACAACCGUCCGGAGAACAGUCCGUCACGAAUUCCGACGCCGGUCAGCUACAGAGACAGAGACCUGCACCAACGGCAGCAGCAGCAUUCCCCUGCGAACCUGUCCCCUCUUCAGACGCCACCACAGUCUCCACGAUCCCAUGGGCAUGCACCAUCCCGCAAAGCUCUGCACCAGGCCUUCGCAGACCUCAUCCACCCGCAGCAGAGAUCACCAACCAUGGGAUCAAGGGAGCGCUCGUUUUCGCUGGAGUCCAGCUUGGACGGGGAAGCUUGGAUGUAGAAUCACGUUGCAUUAGCCUGUUGGAAAAUAGAGUCAUGAAUGUAUUCAGCAUUUGACAAGCACAGCUUGAUGAUGAGAAGGUGAACGACUGCUGAUGAAGGGGGUGUCAUCCGGUUGAUACAUUGAGAUCACGGGCAUAUCACCAAGGCUUACCACCAAAUGUUUCCUUGAAAAGUACAGAAAUUGUGUACGACAGGCUCCAGACACUGGAUCUAGAUCGCAGGGAAAGGCAAAGGGACAACCUGAGGGUUGAACUAAGUCUAAAAUGGCUGGAGUAGGAACGUCUCAAAGUCUUGAAGCCUCAAAGCUGUGGCUGUCUUGUAGCAACACACUAAAGAAAGCACUAAACUACUUUCCGAAUUGGAGGGAAUGGAAGGAGGAAGAAACAGGUCUUUGGGCAAACGAUAGAGCAAAGGAUUACAUCGUUUGGCAUAUCAAAGGAUUGCUGUCCGUGGCUAAAUCAGAUUUUCAGAGCAUGUCACAAAUUCCUAAUGCUUCGCAUCAGCCUGUUCCCUGUCCUGUUAAAAAAUGAUGUUAAAAAAAUGUGUUACCAAAGGGCACCAUUCUGCUUCGCAUGUAAUUUGUCGCUGUUUUUGCUCUUUUUUCACUUUUGAGGGUAUUUUUUGUAGCGUACAUACGUUGCAGGAUCAAUCAUUACUUCUGAGGGCUUAUGUUGCGACAAUUGUGGAACUGUUGCUUUGUUGAAUGGGAUGGUAAAGGAAAUCAAAAAAGAAAAAAAUAAGAAAUGAUACCUUGACACAAAGGACAUUUGGACAAGUGUCCACGGCUUUUCUUAAAAAGGUGGAAGGGCUUCUCAUAGAAGUCGCAAAAGGGGACACUCUGAAGGAAGUUUCCCAUCAAAAUCCUUGCUAGUUGUUCAUGCACCAAUGUCUUUUGUCCUUGUCGUCGCUUCUGUUAGUGACUCCAGAGGUCUGACCCAGUUCAAACAACAAUGUUUGCUAAUGUCUGAUUGUCCUCUGCAAAUGUCUCACAUCCGGAGCAACAGAUGUCCACUGGACAGCACAGUCCUGCUUUUAGAAAACCAAUUCCUUGACCUUCGCCAUUGGUUUUAAACUUGUUUCAGGUUCUCGCUAAUUUUAUGUAUAUGUUUUGGAUAUGAUGGGGUUGAUACGGUAAUACAGGGCUUAUCCUGUAGGUGGCGUCGUUCUUUUUUUUCCUAUUUUGGACCAGUAUGAUUGUUCACAACUUGAAUGGCAUUCGUUGAAUGUCUGAAAGCUUCAGAAAUGUCCCAAGCAUCAUUUUUGCUGUAAUUUUGCCUCUGAUUUUUACAUUUUUGCUCAUUUUUUGGUGGUUGGAGGAGUGGCGUUCGAUAUAAACCAGGGCUGCACGAUACCAAAGACCAAACUUGGCCUCAGUGACCAAUCAGUAUUAGGUAAUUAAUUAAGUGGACCAAUAGAAGUGCUUUAUGAUAGGUGGCAAAAAGUUAAAUUGUUGAUUUUUUUAAAUAUGCUUUCUGCAUUUUAUUACCCUAUUUUAAAAUAUUUAAUUUGUGGAUGUUCACAUACUUAUUUUAGAAAUUAAAUUAAAUCAGAUACAAAACUGAUUGUAUCAACUCUCAUUGAUCAAUCAAUCCCUUUAAUGCUUUUCUUAUAAAAUACAGUAUAAAUUACUGUAACAUAUUUUCAAAACACAUGUAUUUUUUAUAAUUAGCUUUGAAUUAAUUAGUCUGACAACAGUGAGCGUACAGAUAAGAAAAUUUUAUUAACUUUAUUAACAUAUUAAUUAUUUUAUCUUAAGAAUUUGCCUAAAAAAUGACUUAAAAUCCUUAAAAGGUGAGACACAAAUUGAGCUGGUGGUGUUUUGUUUAAACUAUGCAAAUGUAUGCAAAUAUGUAUAUAUUAUACAUACAUAUUGUAUAUAUAUAUGUAACAAAUAAACAGAAAUUGUGUGAAAUUGUUGAAUAUUUAAGUUCGGAAACUUAAACUCGUAAAAAAUCAGUAGGUAAAAUAGGUCAAAUCUCAUUUGUAUGUCUAAAUAUGUUUUUUUUUUUUUUUUUUUUGCAAAAUUUCCAAUAUAAAAAAUUAAAUAAAUAAAUAUAGAACUGGGCGAUAUGGUAAAUUUAUUCGUUAUAUCACAAUAUUUAUUCUCAGUCAGUUUUAUGAGGUAGAGUCACCUGGAAUUCAGCUUUCAGUUAACAGCUGUGCUGAACUCAUCAAGAGUUAAUUACUUGAAUUUCUUGCCUCUUAAUGUGACGGGGAGCUAGGGGUGGGCAAUAUGGCCCUGAAAUAAUAUCACAAUAUUUUAUGGUAUUUUCGCGAUAACGAUACUCUUAACGAUAUAAAAAAAAAAAAACACUGAAUUACAAAACCAUUUAUACUACAAUACAAUACACAGUAAAAUAAAGUAGCACCCUGAUGUGAUAAUUAGGGGUAUCACCAUAUUCAGUAAUGUUGGCGAUAUUAUUGCGUACGAUACGAUAUGGCACGCCCCUAUAAGACAUAAGUGAAUGUAAUUGGCCGAUUGUGAUUUUUUUUUUUUUUUUUUGGGGGGGUUUAUUAAAGUGAUAAUACAGUAUCAGUACAUACUCAGUAUCGCAGUAUCGUGAUACUGAUUAUCAGAUGAUCAGGUAUCGUGCAGCCCUGGUGAGCCGGGAGAACCCGGAGAGCACCUGUCAGACUGCGUUCCCAUUCGCUGUGUUAGUUACUGGGGUGAUUAAGCAGAACACUGCGGUUCUAGACUCACUAGAACCCUCCAUCACCCUCCAUCCAGGGACCUGAUAUAGUGAUCUAGUGGAUCAGAGGCUUGCAUCAACUUCUACGGCAAAAAAAAAAAAGACUUUUAAAAAAUGUGUAUGAAAAUAUGAUUAUUUAUGUUGGGGGUGGAGAGAAUUAAGGUAUAUGUAAUAUAUGUGUAUAUGUUUAUUGUUUAAAAUGUUGAAAUGUGUGGGGUGGGCUGGGGUACAGAGUGUGUGUGUGUGAGAGUGUGUGAUAUUAAUGGAUUAUUGUAUAAAUUGUAUUAUAUGAUGCUGUUGGUUUGGGUGAGUUUUGCCUUAGCUAUGCAAUAAGUGCUGCCUCGACAACUCGUUCUGCCUUAAAGUGUGUGUGUGUGUGUAUAUAUAUGUGUGUGUGUGUGUGUGUACACAUUUAUAUUAUAAUUCCGAGCACCCGCACCAUGAUUCAAACACUAAACCCCACUAAUAUCACUACACACACACACACACACACACUCCCGACUGACCCCAUUGGUUCUGAAUGGUGAUUUAAGAUUAUUAAGUUUAUUGAGUUUAUUAUUAAAGAGAGCGUGAUUACAGGGUUAUUGUUGCAGCAUGUUGAUGAUGAUAGUGAUGAUGGUGAUGAUGAAAUGUUCUACACUCUUAAAAAUAAAGGUUCUAAAUCGCUCCUGCCUUGUGCAUCUAUGCUUCUUAAGCGUGUACUCACACUUAGGCACUCCUCCGCUGGCCUGCACUCCCAAUACGUUUAAACAAUCCGUGCCCGAGCACACUUAAGUCAUUACUCACUACUCUGAAUUGAACAACCCCGCCAUGCAAAGCACCCUCUCUCGGGAGCGCGUCUUCUUCAUAAAAGCAGAGUAUCUCUUCUUUAACUUGAUUAGAAAUACAUGCCAAAAUUCACAGUUAUCUUAGUCACAGUUACAUGCGUAGCAAUGCUCCUGAGAGGUGGUGCUUUUUCUGGCGGGGGUGCUGAAUUUGUUUAAAGGAGCGUUGCAUCACUGCCUGUUUACUCUAUACUCCACCUAAUAAAUUCAGAUCAGUAACCAACUAAUCAGGAAUGAACCCCAAAUUGUGUGAUUUUGAUUCAUAUUCUUUAAAAUAUAGAUUUCAGGAAAGCUCCAUUUUCAUUGAUUUCUAUUAAUUAUAUUCUGACAGUUGCAGAUUUUAUAUUACAAUUCUAAUUGAGAUUUUCAGUAACAUUUCUUAUCAAACACAAAACCUUUUAAUGUAAUGUUUGAAUAGAAAUACAAAAGAUAUACGUGCGUAAUAUCAAGCAAAAACUGACAGAAAGGCUGCCUGUUAAAGGGUUAAAUUAUGCUUAUAAAUUAUAAGCAUAUUUAUGUCAUUUUAGACCAAAUAAACACUGUUUUCUAAAAACAUUUUAAACAUUCUACACAUUAACACAUCAUACACUUGAAUUUAAUACUGAUUAAGACUUUUAAUUUGUACUUUCAGACACAUUAAGGCUGUACAUUAAGGCCAAUAUGUUUAAAUGAACAAUGCGCAGCAGGUAAACUUUCAUGUGUUCAAAAAACAUAAUUUUGGGUCUAAUAAUGAAUACUAAAAACAGGCAAAAUUUUAAUUUGUAAUUUUUUUAAUUAGUAACGGACCCUCUAGGAACAUUUAAAAAAUAUUUAAAACUAUAACAUUUUUGUAGGACUUUUCAUUUGUAAAUUGUCCACAGAACAUAACUGUAUAAAGAGAUGCUGACAAUAAUUUUGUUUUAAAAUAAGGACUUUUCAUUUAUAAACUGCUCACAUAAUAUAUUUUUUUAUUCAAAUGUAGGACUUUUCAUUUGUAAAUGGUGACAUAUCGAGUUAAAGGACAUGCUAGCAUUCUGACCUCUUUAAUUAAUUAAUUAAUUAAUUAAUUAAUAAUUAAUUAACAUUAAUUGGAAUCUUUACACUAUGUGGAGGUCCUUCAAACUACGAAUAAGUAACAACGUAUAUGUAUUAAAUAUUAAAUAUAUAAAUAAUUUAAAUAAAAUUAAAAAUCUUAAUUGUGCUUUUAAUUCCUAAUUUUAGAAAGAAUUUUUAGAAUUUUAUUUAUUAAGUAAAAGCCUUUACUUGCUUAGUUUUAAAUGAUAAAUUAUUUAUUUACAUUUAUUUUAUUUGAGGAAUUCUUUUUGGAACCUUUAUUUUUAUGAGUGUAACUGUUUUGUAUAUGGUUUCUAAAUUGAUUAAAAGUCGUAAAACCACUUCUAAGUGGACUUUUUAAAGGUAAAAGGGAGCUUGCUCAUAUUGAGCGUCUCUUUUCUUGUGGUUUGGCGCCACCUGGUGGCGGAGUGGGUGAAUUGCAGUUUAUAUGGAUGGUGGUUUAAAGAAGAGCAGUAGGUGGAGAUUAAUGGUGUGAGUUACAGUAGUGUGUGUGUGUGUGCGUGUGUUUCUGAAGGUGUGUGUGGGCUAAAUGAGUGUAUUUAAGGGCAGUAAGAGUUACUGGUCUGUGAUUGGUGGUGAACUGUAAGUGUAUAAUAGGAAAGAGAUGGUUUUACUGUAUCUAAUCUAGUCUGAUCUGGUCUGAUGUUGGUAUUGGAGGUUUUUGGUCGGUAUUGUGGGUUUUGAAUGUUUUUUAAAGCUUUAAUCAGAUGAUCAAUAAUCAAUAAAGAGCCAUUUUUGAUCUGGAAAGGAUCUGGAUCAGAGAUGCAGAGCUGUUCUGGUGGAAUACACAAUCUUAGGCAACCUUAAGUGGUCUUAAUGUUGUGGCUAAUACAAUCCCAGACCAGAUAAAACAUGAAAUAUCUUUAGAUUUAUACUUUUUUCGGCAAUCAAAUAAAGUCUAAAGCUCUAUCUGGAUGGGAUUAGUUUCUCAGGGGGUUCUGGGUAGUUUUCUCUUUUAUGGUGUUUUUAUCCUCUGUGAUUUUAUUCCCGUCCAGAACGAUCAUGUACGUGUUUAAUUUUCUCAGACGUUCUCUGAGAAAAUUACAGGCUGAAUUAUCUACUGUUUUUCUCUGAACUCCGUGCUCCUCCGCUAAUUUUAGUCCCGUCCGGACGCACAUCUCUGAGUUUCGUCUCCUCGCCUUUAAUAAAAUAGAUAUUUGUCCACUGCUGCACAUCGUAAUUACUGUAGACUUUGGGCGCGCCACGGUUUCCACGGAGAUCCACUUUAAAAAAAAACACAACAGCAAGUGGAAAUGGAGGAGCUACUGAACACUGUGAUGAUGUCAUGUGACCGAGAAAACUGAAGCCUAAAAACUCACUGAUCCUCCUGUUUUUUAAUUGCAGUCCAGAUGCAGGAGUUUUAUCACUAAAGAGUAGAAGUGUGAAAUACUGUAUUUUUUAUAGACGUCCCUCUGAGAAACUAAUUCAGUCCAGAUAAAGAUUAAGUAAGUGUAAUAAACAGUUAAAAUAUUGGAAUUAUUCAGUAUUCCACUGAUUGGAUUGAUUCACGUGUAAGCUACACACACAAACACAAACACACACUCACACACACACACUGCAUAUCCUUCUUUUACACAUUAUUAUAAGUUCCCAUUCACUGCCACACACUGUUCAGACCAGUGACUGUAUAAAAGCAUGGACAUCAAUCAGACUUACUAAAGUAAAGGGAAUGGAGAAUCAGUUUCUGCUAACAUUGGGGCAACUUUCAACAAAGUCUUCUAACAUUUUUAGAACGUUGCAUUAACGUUGUUGGAACGUUUUUUAAUUACAUUGGGGAAACUUUCAAUUAAAUAGUGUAACAUUUUAAGAAAGUUCCAUUAAUGUUAUUGUGGAAAAGCUUUUUUUAACAUUGAGGAACUUUUGAACAAAUUUGUGUAACGAUUUUAAAACGUUAAAUUAUUUUUUAUUGUAGAAACGUUUUCUGGUAACAUUGGAACAACUUUGUACGAAGUUGUGUAACAUUUUUAAAACGUCCAUUAAUUUUGUUGUGGAAAAAGAUGAAUAACAUUGGGGCCAUUUUCAACAAAAUCAUGUAACAUUUUUAGAACAUUCUAUUAAUGUUAUUGUGGAAAUGUUUUCUGCUAACAUUGGGGCAGCAAAAUUGUGUAACAUUUGUAAAAUGUUUCAUUAACAUCACUGUGGAAAUGUUUCUUCUAACAUUGGGGCAACUUUGAACAAAAAAACUCCCAACAUUGGGGGAACUUUGAACAAAGUUGUGUAACGUUUUUAUAACAUUUCUUUAACGUUACCAUGGAAACGUUAAGCUGUCCAUGCUUUUCUACAGUCGCUGGUUUGGACCUCGGUAUCGGUAUCGACCCACAUGUUGCUUUAAUGGUGAAUCAGCUUUAUCAGUUCUGAUAGAACCUCUCCGGUUCUGAUUCUGUUUUUUUGCUUCAUGUUUAUGGAUUUAUGGAUUAUUUUGGAUGUAUUUUAAACCUGCAUGGCUUUUUUCCCCUCACGUCUCCAUUGGCUCCCACUAAUGCAUGCCCCGCCCACUUUCUGUCCGUACCCAUAAAAUAAUAAUCUGAUCUCCUCCUGCCUGCGUUCCUCUUCUGUUGCUGCAGAGCUGGAGAUGGAUGGUGAUUGGACGAAUCUCGGACUGAGCUGUUGCGAUUGGUCGGUUUGAAGAGCAAUAUUUGCAAAUCCAGGACUUUACUGUUGUUUGGAAAAAAAAAACAAUUGCUGUUAAUUUUGUUCUUGUAAUAAAAGCUGUUUUUCUGA